CAAACAAACAACAAUGAUGACCAGGACGGUGGUGAUGAGGGUGUGGGGAAGAUGGGUGGAGAGGGCAAGACAGGCCGUGAUGGAGGUGAGAGCAGUGUGGAUGGAGGCUGUGGUGGUGGCUGUGUGUGCGCUCUAUGUGGCCAUGCUGCCAGCACUCGUGUCCAUCCCGCUCGUCGCUGUUGCAGCGGUCAUCGUAUCCGCCGCCAAACGUGCACCAUUGCCACACGUGCAAAGGGUCCUGCGCCACUUCUCGGAAGGGCUGUUCAUGGGACCGCGCAGCCUCAUAACCGCGCGCAAUCCACCAGGCUAUGUCCGCCACCAGCAAGCGCCCUUGCCGGGCUUGCGGCAGCUUGUGGCACACGAACACCUCGACGCAGACGCCUUCGCAGUCUCCCAGACCAAGGCAGCUGUGGACAAGCUGUUGGACCUGGUGCACAGGGACUUCAUAUCCUUCUGGCUGCCGUGGGUCACACAGGAUCCGGUAACUGGACCCGCCAUCCGGGGAGAGUUCGCCGUCAUGCGCACACGCGCCGCUCUCCUGCUGCUGCGCACGCGGCGUUAUGACGUCGCAGGGAAACUGCUCGCAGCGCUCACAGCACACUGCAGAGACACGACUGCAUCAUCGGCAUCGCCAAGCACCAGCGACGGUGGUGAUGAUCACGCAAACAGCGUGCAGACAUCGAAUCCCGCAGCUGCGUUGCCACCAGCCGUGCCCGAUAUGGACAUGCUUGCGGCGCUGCUGUUCCGGUGCUUGCUGCCGCACCACCACGCGUCCCAGAGCAUCCUCCUCGUGUGCCUGCAGCCAAUCAUCGUCGCAAACCUGCUUGCCCCCACGCUGCGCGCAUGUGCACGUCCGUCGGUGGUGCUGCGACUGGUGUUGCACGUGUGCGCUGCUGUGCUGCGGGCAAAGGGGCGCCGCGUUCCUGCUGACGUCGAUCGAAUACUACACAACCCGGUCGCUUACUCCCACGCCCUCCUGCAACAGCAGCAGCAACAGCAGCAGCAGCAGCAGCAACAACAACAACAGCAACAGCAACAACAACAACAACAACAACAACAACAACAACAACAACAACAACAACAACAACAACAACAACAACAACAACAACAACAACAACGACAACAACAGCAACAACAACAACAACAACAACAACAACAACAACAACAACAACAGCAGCAGCAGCAGCAGCAGCAGCAGCAGCAGCAGCCGUCUCAUUACGGCCGCCACCACAACCACCGUGGCCAUGGUGACGCGGUUGGCGGUGAUCCCCGUCAGCGGCAGCGGGAGGCAGCGUGGCGUCUGAUCCGGCAGCGGUGCGGCGUUCACGUUGCAGACACCAUGGCACGCGCGCCCGCACUCUUCCCACCACAGUCAUCAACAUCAGCAUCAGCGACAGCGCUGUUGUCAUCUUCGCCAGCAACAGAACAGCAUGGGUCGGCGUCGCUAUCAUCACUUGUACCGUCAGAGCGCCAGCGCACAGCUCGCACGCGUGCCAUGACCUUACCACACUGGACUCGAAGUGAUGGUGAUGGUUGUGAUGGUGGUGGUGAGGGCAGGGAUGGUGGUGGUGAUGAUGGUGCUGCAAGCAACGUGCGGGACAGUAAUGACAAUGAUAAUGACGACGACAAUGACAACGACGACGACCAUGGCGAUGGUGUGGAUGUGUUUGCGGUGGAGAGGCGGAGAAAACGGCUCCAGGCGACCCGGCGCAAACGUAACGGCGCCAUCAGCAACCACCACACCGGUGGCAGCGAUGAUGAUGAUGAUGAUGAUGAUGAUGAUGAUGAUGAUGAUACCACACCUGGGCGUGCGGUGAGUCUGUGCCUGGAUGCCGUGCCGUCAUGGGCAGGACCGAAACCGCUGUGGACAGCGGGCGGACACCAGCAGCAACAAGCGGAUGAUGCCGGUGAUGGUGGUGAUGGUGGUAUGGGCCUGCAGCUGCAACACCAACAGAAGGCCCAGGGAAGAAGGAAACCUGGCAAGAAGCGUGCGAGUGGCACACGUGUACACGGCGAUGGAAUGCGGCGCUGCCAGUCCGUGCCAGCAUUCGCCGACCUCUGCCCCAUGGACAGCAGCAGCGGUGGUAGUGAUUAUGGUGUUGACAGGCAGAACGAUGGUGGUGGCGGUGAUGAUGGUGUUGAAAGACACGAGGGUGGUGAUGUUCGUCGUGGUGGUGAGUAUGGAGCUCGCUUGAACGGGCAGGGUGGUGCUGACGAGGUGGCGGUGGGAGAGGAAGACAGUCGCGCUGUUGCUGCGAAUGACGGAGAAGCGAUGGAACCCAUCGUCACAUAUGAGAGCGAAGACGAUGACGAUGAAGAUGAGGAUGAUAGCGUGGAUGAGGAGGAGGAGGAGGAGGAGGAGGAAGGAGAGGAAGGGCCUGCGACAACAGACGGCGCAGAAGCGUUUACAGUGACGGUCGAGAACACGUUCACAUCGCACGACAUCGCGCUGUGCACGGUUGCGGUGUUCCACGCGACGGUAGUGUCACGCCAGCAGCAGCAGCAGCAGCAGCAGCAGCAGCAGCGGUUUACACACGGGACUGACAGCACUGGUGAUGGUGGUGAUGAUGGUGGUGCUGGAGUGAUUGAUGAGGGUGAACCCACACGGCUCGCCUGGCGCGUAUACAAGAGUGCCAGCGACUUUGCCAAGUUACAGGCGCAGCUGCGACACCGCUAUCCGCAGCGCUCAAACACACCGUCGUUCCCGUCCCUGAGCAAACUCAUUGCGCGUCACAAGCACCUGCACGUUGCAUACGACCAGUACAUGCAGCAACUCAUUGCUGCUGGCCUCGGCACAGCACCCGAUGUGUUCUCGUUCCUCUCCCAGUCAACCACAACGCGCGAUUCGCGGUCUGUAUUGAUGAAGGCGGCACAAUCGAGCUUCAAACAGGUAUCGCGUGCUGUGCGGACGGUGAGCAAGAUGGUGACUGUACCGCUCGCCGCUGCCGUCCGCCCCCUCAUGCGGGACCCGGCCCUCUCUGGACCGCAUCUGAUGGCGCGUCUUGUGCACCGCCGCCUCGAGAGCCACGCGUUUGAUUUUCCCUUUCGCGGUCUCCACGAGCAACAGGAAUCCGCUGUGCGAGCCGAGAGGUCUCGCUCCAUCCUCUCCACCGCACCGCAACACACACUCGACGCGACACAAUUGCCCACGCGAGCACAGCCGUCAGCCACCGCCACGUCCACGACAUCACCAUCAACCGUACCUGCCACGAUCGCGAGCACUGCACCUGACAGAACAGCAGCAGCAACAACAACAGCAACAGCAGCAGCAGCAGCAACAACAACAACAGCAACAGCAGCAGCAGCAGCAGCAGCGCUGUCGUCGUCGUCGUCGGGUCGAGUUGAGACGCUGGUGCCGCCGCUUCUUGAUCUCAUUCACGAGCUGCUGCCGCCCGAUGGUGUGCGUGUGUUUUCGUCCCUUCGGCCGCUUCUCUCCACAGCGCUCGCUGGUUUCCUCGAUAGGUUCUGCGUGGAUGUGGUUGACGUUGUGCUGUGUGACGACGUGUUGAGUGCGGGCGUGACUACCCUGAUCAGCACAUUUUGGGACGAACAUGACAAGUUUAUUACAGACGCGCAACCUGUUGCCGAGUCACGGCUGUUUCAAUCGCGUCUCAGCAGUCUCUGCGUUGAAUGCAUGCACGCACUGCUUCCUUCCAUCGCCGUCAGCGUUCUCGGUGAUGCUGUUGUGACACAAGCGCUGUGGAACGCCGUGCACAUUCUCACAAAUGAAACCCGCAACAGGGCGUUGGUUGAGCGGCUGCUGCUUGUUCUUCUGGCAGAAAUGGAUGCGCAUGUGCACACACGCAAGCGGGCAUCGGAUCAACCGUCCACGCAUGACGCAAGGGCGCCACGUGAUGCUGUGCAUUGAUGAUGGGCUUUGACACGGAGUUGAGUUGCUUCGUCGUGGAUUAGUGUACUGUAUCAAUGUAUGGUUGUAUUGCAUCUGAGCCAUUCCAGUAACUGACGUGAGGUUGAUUGAUAAUUGAACACGUUGAGAU